AUUGGUUGGUUGGUUGGUUGGCUUCGUUAUUUGGGAGCGAGCGGGUGAGGAGAGGGAGGCCUCGGCCCCGUGAUGGCGAGGGUUCAGCGACAGGUAAAGCGUUGGGCUUUCGAGCUGCUGCCUUCGUUACCUCUGAAGGAGGAGGGCCGCCAGGCAGGCCUUGCCUGAGGCGAGCAAUUGCGGCCCACCUCUUGGCGCUCUUCCUUGAAACUUAAAUGCUCGUUUUCUCCGCGCGGGGAUAUUGUUUUGGGGUUUCUUGUUUUUCGGUUUUUUAACCGAGUUAUGCAAAUCCAUACCCGGUGCCGUCGAGUGUUUUAUUUUAAUUAAUGAUCCGACCAAGUCUUGCUCACGUGUAAAACCCAUUGAAAUCAACGGGCCUUGGCUUGGUCCACAUUAAUUCAUAUUAUUGCCCUCCCUAUAAUAUCCCCCUCCUGCUUUAUGGUGUUGUUGUUAUGUGCUUUCAUGCUGUAAAACCCACCUGUGAACUUAGAAUGAAAGGUGGCAUAUAAAUUUAAUAAAAAUCAAAUCAAAUAAGGAAGCCAGUUUGGUAGGUCUGCUCUGAGAGAAACUCACCCACAAUAUCUAAAAACAGUUCUGCAAUAGAAAUGGAGAUGUGUACAGGCACCCAGACUUGGCUUACACUUCUGACUGAAAUGCCUGUGUGAAAAGAUAAGAUUAUGUUAGACUGAUGCCAAAAGUUUAUUGGUGAGGGAGAUGGCCAUGCUGCCAAAGAGAAGGGAUUUUGCCAAUCAAUUGGGUGCCACCACAGGGAAGGCCCUGACAUGAUGGGGCUGCAGCUGUUGGCAGAACCACAAGACAAGCCUCCCGUGAAGAACUCAGAUUCCAAAGGCUGGCAGAUGUGAGGGGGGGGGGAUGACAAAAUGCUGAGUUAAAUAAAACUGUUUAAAGCACACUAGGAAGGUAGCCAGUCCUGUGCUGUAGAGAGAAGGUAUAGCUUGAUUCGUGUUACCAAAUCCUUGUGGUGCUGUUUUUAUUUUGUUCUCUUUAAAAUCUGUAUCUAUAAUGAGAGAAAUAGAUUGUCCCCAGAUUUCUUUGCAACCUAUUAUUCUAGUAUUCGACAGGGUUUCUUAGUGCCCACUUCCACCCCCAAAUAUCUUGGCUUGCCUUCAUGUGAGUCCUUGUCAUGCUGAGUAAAUGAUCACCUGCAUUUUCUUUACUUUGUAUAAAAUAGUUUUUAACUUUUGUUCCUUUUUGCCUAUUGAUUGGUAAACUAUCAGCAUGUGGAAGAUACGAGGGUUUGCGACUACAGGACACUUUCUGUUUUUGGAGAAAAAACUGUAGAUCAUGAUGUGAACAUCAUUAACACUGCACAUCUUUCAAGACAUGUUGUAUCCCUCAGACGAAACCUGUUUAGUCAGACCCCAGCUAUGAGAAUGAUUCAACGAACUCUUCACUUGCAGGUAAUCCUUUGGUGAGCUUGGUAUAGCUGGCAAAAUAUUGCAAAAUGAAGUAGCUUUUUAUUUGGUGCAAAGGGGGAAAAAACCUCUGGUAACUAAUAGUUAAUCUUUCAGAAAUAGUUCUAGGACAACUUGGAAAGGAAAUUACAGUAAUAUUGUCCUGCCUAGAAUAUAUCAUCUCUCUCUCUCUCUCUCUCUCUGUGUGUGUGUGUGUGUGUGUGUGUGUGUGUGUGUGAGAGAGAGAGAGAGAGAGAGAGAACAACUUACUACAAGUGUCUUAAAACUUUGAUCCUAUCUCCUGAAAAGUUAAUGUUGGCCAAGGGAUUGACAUAUUUUUACCAUCUGAACUUCUUUUAAUAAGACCUAAAUUUAUAUGGUAAAUUAUAUUUUUCCUUCUUGCAUUAGUCCACUACUUAUUGUACAGGGCACUUUCAUCUGUUCUAGAUUAUAUAUUCUAGCCAUAAAAGGUAGCAGAUGGGAAAUAGGUUGAAGAGGACCUGAACCUCUAAAUGGUGCUAUUGGGAAAGCUUUAGACUGCUGAUGUAGGGGGUGUGUUGUGGUAGCUAUUAAAUUAGUUGCAGACUGUCCUGAGAAUUGGAUGAACCAUAUCCAGAAAGUUGCUCAUAGUGAUAUUUGCUCUGUUUUUGGUGUUUUUGUUGGAAAGUGUAGAGUAUGGACACCACUUGCCUGCACCUAGGAAGCUAAAACUGUUCUUCACAUUCCAGGGAAAUGCUGAUGCUCAAAUAAGCUUGCUUCUGUGUAAGCAGUGGACUUUAUACGCUGUCACUCCUCUGUACAAAUUCUCUUAUGGACAGCUGAAAGAAUAUUCUAGACAGUUGAGUCGCUUUAUUGCAUCUGAAAGUCAAAGGAGACCUGUGGAAAUUGAAUAUGAACUUCAAUUUAAAGUGACGUUCUCUUCAUUCUCAGCUUUGAAAAUCACAGAACAGGAACCAGAUGCAGUUCUCAUUCAAGUAGGUACUACAGUCCCAAUAUUUUAAUAUCUAUGGGUUUGUCUUAACAAUAUUGGAGAAUACUAUUGUAUUGGGUCUAGAAAAUACACUAGUUCAUCUCAGUAUGCCACCAUUGUUAUCUUAGUGUUAUUAAAUUAAUUUGAUUUGCUUUGGAUGCUAGGGAAUCAUGGUUACAGUUGGUGGUGAGUCAAUCACUGGAUGCUUUGCACCCAGUCUUGAUUGCACCAUUUCUCUUGAAAAGUGGUUCUGAAAAAAUGUAUCAGAGCAAUUCUUAAAAGCAGGUGGCCUGCAGGCACAGGAAGCCUCUGGCUGCACUUCAUGUGACCAUUGGGUCUCAGACCCAUGAAUCUCAAACUGAUCAUGCAAGAGACACUGCGCCAUGCAGAGCCUGGCACUUUGAAAGUGCGGAUCCACUUGGAUCUGCACUUUCAAAAAGGCUUCCUUGUCCAGGCAAGGAAUUAAGUCUUGCUUAAUUCAGUGGGUUUUCCAUGAAAACAUGCAUAAUUGUCCAUGGCUGUGAAUAGAGUACUAUCAAAGUGAUAGGUGCACAUUUGUUGAAGAACUGUUGAGAGAUUAAGUGCUGUCAGUAUAUUUCCCCUAGUUUUUCCUCACCAUAACAAAUGAAUUGCAGGAGUUGGUUUCCAAAAUUGUGUUGACUCAAGCCAUUUCGUAUAGUUGCAAUAUGUGCAUAAUUGGUGUAUUUAUGUAUUUCCCAUAGAUCACGAAGAGGCCUCAGGUGGCAGCUAAAAAUGCAGAAGAGAAAGUGGUGUGGAUGGGCUGGUUUACUUGUACUGGUGGAAAUGACCUUUUUGAGAUUGUUGAUGAGGAGUUUACUUUUUUGCCCUUGUUCCUUGUGAAUGGGGCAAAGGCUCUCACGGUCCUUGUAGAAACUUGGCUUCAACAGACCUUUGACUGUUGUCUGAGCCCCUUGCCCAUCACCCCUAUCAGUCUUUCCUGGAUGGCUGCAAUGUGGACUGGGUGCCCAAUGGACAAUCCUACAGUUCCAACAGAGCUGACUUUCUCUACACUUGGCACAGCUUACCCUCUGGAUAUUUCCUAUUCUAUCCAUCCUGAAGAUGCAAAAGCCCUUUGGGAUUCAAUCCACAGCACUCCAGGAGAAGUCAGGCAAGAAGAAGUGGAAUUAUUCAUGGCGUGUCUUUACAACCACUUCCAUAGACACUUCAAGAUCUACCUGUCAGGCACAGUACUGGUGCAAGUCUCCACAUCAGUAGCUUCUGCCCAUUCUGUUGGGAAAAUAAAGGUAUGGGGCCUAGCUCAUUUACCACUAGCAACUAGUUACAAUAACUGUCACUCUUGGCCAGUAUUAGAAACUUAAACAUUUAUAAGUUAGGGGACAAAUGGCUCCUUAAACCAAGGCUACAGUUGCCAUAAUGGAAUGUCUAGUUGCCAUUUUUGGGCAAGAUGGCUCUGCAGUCUAAUUUUCAAAUGAUGGACUGAUUGUGAUUUAUUUUCAGUUAAGCAUCAGGCUCGUUCAGAUGACAACCUUGAGCUAGGCUAAGAGCUUUGAGUACUUAAAGAAGAAAAGUCACUUGCUCCAGGGACAGCCCACAUAUAUAUUGGCCUAUUCUGACCUCUGUUUCUUAAUGCUGCCUGCUGCUCAGGCUGUACAGAAAAAGCAUUUUGGUUUCAGAAAUUCAUUCUGAUUGUGGAGAUAAAAUAUAACUGAUAGAAUUCUACAGGAUGGAGUAUUAGUGUGUGAAAACAGUCCAGAUCCAAUGAUCCCCAGGCCUGCAUCUCCAGAUGGUGGAGAUGUCAGGCACCAUCCUGGCGCCCAGGCAACUUCACUUGGUCGCAAGUGGUCAAAAGCCAGGUGCAAAAUGCCUGGCUAAUUUUGAAUACUGCUCUUGGCAGGUGAUUGAUCUCACCCAAAAUUGAUACUAGCCUGGUAGUGACAAAUUAUAAAUAGAUGAGUGUCCUAAAGGAAUAUUUGAGGCAUACAUUUUGCAAUGUAGACUUCAAACACUUUGCAGCUGAUUUUACCAGCUGGCCAUUUAUAUUUUAGGAAGAGGCUUGGUGGCAGGUCUAGCACACACACUACUCCCUUUCUGUAUUGGAAGUAAGCAUUCAGGAGAAGUACAACUACUUCCCUACAACUACUUUGUGCCUCUGGCCCCUUUCUACCUAUUCCCUAGCUAUGGGGGGUGGAGAUACUAUUUUUUUCUGCAUUCCAUUAUGCAAUGGCUCAAUUACAAGGUGGCAGAAAUAUUGGCACAUGAAUAGAAUGGUUUUUUGCAUCUGCCCCUUCUUACCUUUCCCAGUUCUUUGCCAUCCAUCUUUCUCUAAGUAGGGAAAGGCUUGGAAGAGUGGCAGGGCUGGGGAGCAUAUUGAAUAAUACUUUGGGCACUCAGAACAAAGUGUGUGCAUCGAAGACUGGGUUGCAGGGUAGGGGGCAUAUUGAGCCACAGGCAACCAGUAGCUGAUUCCUAUUAUAAAGUGUGUUGCUGCAAUUUCUCCAAAUAAUGGGCUGGGGUAUUGUUCUUAGUGGAUUCACAGUUUUAAAUUUGUGUUGGUUUGUUUUCAUUGAGGGAGGGGAGAUAUGUCUGGGAGGAGAAGAACUGAGCAGGGGGACCCCAACUGCCGUGGUUCAUGGUAGGGGGAGGUAUGGUGUGGGAGGUGCCAUAUGCCAGCCCCUCCUCCAACAUAGGGAAUUGCGGUUAUCCUAUCAGCCAGCCCUCAGGUUUGCUGCUGCUGCUGCUGCUGCUAAAUACCAGGUUGACUCUGAAUAAGGCCUCCCUCAUACACGAUCUGAUUUAUAGAUGAGGAGGUUGAUCUGGUCUGUAUCACUAAGAUUGGGUGGUUAAGGAGGGUGGAGGUGGUGUUACCCACUGUGCCCAACUGGGUACUCUGUGCAGCAUCAAGGACAAGCUUGAGGGUGGGGAAGGGAGGGAGUUGCUGUGGUCAGUAGAGAUUCCAUCUCUCCAGGCUCUGUCCAGUUAGCGGGGGGAAUCUAGAGCGUUUGUUCCAGAUGUUGGGCAAUCAGGACAGAUUAGGGAUUCUGCUGGUUUCCACCGGCCUCCCUGCCCAACAGUCUCCUUGCCUGAGCAGACGGCUGGUCUCAGAGUAAGUGUUGAGGACUCCCAGAAUGCUAGUUCUGGGGUCUUCAACAUCCAUGCCAAGGCAACUUGUUUUGGGGUGGCUUAGGACUUCAUCAUGGCUGCCAUAAUGACCAUGGGGUUGUCACAGCAUGUCACUAGUCCAACGCAUGUGGCAGGCCACACUCUGAAGCUUGUUUUAUCAACUAGGCAGGAGGAGGGUGAUAUGAAAGUAGGGAGUAUUGACAUCAGUCCCUUGUCAUGGUCAGAUCACUUCCUGCUGUGAUCAGGCCUGGGUUAUAUAGUGAUAUAUCAUUGAAAGCCGGUUUGAAAUCCACACUGUGAAAACCGGUUCAAAAUAUCUGCCCUGAUGAUAAACCGCAUGAAGCCAACUUUUGUAUGUUGCUCUGCCGGCUCAGCUCUUCCCUGCCUCCUGCUGGGGGCAGCAAACCACAGAGCAGGCACUAGGGUUCGGCGAUAUCUGGUUUUCAACUUCACAGUAUAUCACCAGCUAAACAUUGCAAUAUAUUGAUAUAUCAUGAUGUUUGAAAUGAGGAUGGAGCUAUGUAGAGGCAUUGGCUGACUUCAGGGUUUUCCCUACAUCAUGAUUUUUGCCAGUGUCUGCUCUUGUGAUUUGCUGCACCCUUGAGUGGUACAAGGGGCUGCCAAGGGAAGCAGUUAGGAAAGCCUUAUUCUCUGCAUGAAAUUCCAUUCUAUUUGGGAAGACAAGUUAGUACACAAGCUUUAGUAAUCCAGUGAAACACAGCAAUCACAUAGAUACCAAAUGACUUUAGAUCUGAUGUGAAUUGGCAUCUUAAUGAUAUUCUAAAAUGCUGCUUUGAAAAGUAUUGUGCUUAUACUUCUGAAAAAGGAAAUGAAGGAUUUCCAUUGUUCCCCUAUGUUCUAGUGGUUUCAGUUUCAAGCCAUGGAUCUCUUCUUCUCUAUCAACUUUCCUCUUCACCCCUUUCAUACCUCUCCAGGAAUGUAAAACAGGAAGGUUUGGCUUUUCAGAUUGACUUCAGACAAUGUGAUUAUACAAAACUGGUUUAUAGGGGCUGUUGACAUUUGUUAGCUUAAAUACUUCAUUGAAUAAACUGUAUUUUAUCCUGUUUUAAUCCUGCUGCAACUUUUUUAAACAUUCUCCAAUUUCUUUCUUGCAGAUUUUUCAUGCUCAACAUCUGAUAUCAUCGAUGGCAUUCCUAACAGAACUGGCAGUUUUAAAAAUGUGAUUUAAGUGUUGUACCAUCUAUGCUUUUGCUGUAGAAAGUAUACCCAAUACAAAGAUGACUUUUGUGUGUGAGAGAGAGUCUGCUCAGAUGUGGUUUGUACAGAGUAUUUUUACCUUUCUGGUCAAACCUAAAAAGUCUUACACCUUCCUGAAAAUAUGGAACGUUAAACUAUAUAAACCCUACAAAUAAUAAAUAUGGUAUUAUAUUUGACUAGUGAUUUAUGUGAGUAUGGUACUAAGUGAUUAUUCUGCUCUCUUUGAUCACAGUACCUCUUGUGAACUGGAUUGUUUCGGCUUAGAGGAUGGUGGAAUGAAGGAACCAAUGGGACAUGGUUAUUACUGGUUAUAAACUUUAUAGGAACAUUAUAGAAAGGAUGUACUGAA